UCAAUCAUAAGUGACACCGCAAAUCUGCUGAUUUUCUGUCGGGUCGCGAGCACGGUGCAAAUAGGCCGUAAGCCAUACAUAUUUCUCUGUCUCAAACACACACCUCAAUAAAUCUUUCGAAGGGGUCUUUUGUUGCGUUGGUCAUCGAUUUCCUUCUGUUGACCACUCGGCCGUGAGGGUGAGAUCAUAUCUAUACUUACUGGCCAAAACUGCAGUUCGAGUUUAUCGUCCAGUUCGCUGCCACGCGGUGUCCUACGCUGUCGGAAUAUCUUCCCAGCCUCGACCUGUGCAAGAAGAAGAUGACGGGCCAACACAUUGGACUAGUGGCGUUUCUUUGUAUCUCCGUCUUUUCACAGACUUCCAUGUCACUUCCGGAUUAUCUGUGUGCAAUGAGUGACACAGAAAUGGAUUCGUCAGUAGAUGGCGUUGCAAAGCAAAAUUUGUUCAUGUCCCACAUGAAAGAAACAUUGAAGAAUGCCAGAGGGCGUUUCGGGCGACAGAAAAGACAAAUUAUUAGUGGGUCUACAAGGAAAUGGGAUGCCACGAAGCCAAUUUACUAUGUGCUUCGAGAUGCGGAUCAAAUUCCACCGUCCAAACUUGCUAUGAUACGUUUGGCAUUGGAUCUAUGGGAACAGGGCACUUGUCUUCGGUUCGAAGAAAACCUCAACGCAACUGGAGACUUCCUCGAAAUCUACGGAUAUCAAGAUCUGUGCGGGUCAUUGAUUGGACGGAUCACCGAUGGAUCUCCUCAACCCAUUUUCUUAGAUUGCCCCUUGCCCGGUUACAUGUCUCAAGUCAUCGGGCUUGCUCUAGGAUUCUACCCACUCAAUAACAGAGAGGACAGGGACGAAUAUAUUCAACUCCUACCACACAAUGCUGACCCGCAGCUAGUGGAUGAGCUCCUUUUGGAUAAAGUGGGCGGGGAGGUGGCAGUGACGUAUGGUGUCCCCUAUGACAUUGGGUCUAUAUUGUCAGCGACAUCUUUGUUUCUAUCAACUAACGACAAGCCCACGAUUCUAACUAGAAACCCGCUACUUCAAGGAGCCAUGGGGAGCGCCCUCUUCACUGGUCCGACCUGGUACGACCGGAGGCAGGCCAAUAUAGAGUUCUGCAGCACUGCCUGCGAUCUCUUCCGAGAUUUCAUCAUCUUUCCCAACCCCGAGUUGCCAUGCCAACGCGGUGGCUAUGCCGACCCCACCGACUGCAUGCGCUGUGUCUGUCCUGAUGGCUUUACUGGCACUUUGUGUAACAGCAUAAAGACGGACGGAAUAUGUGGAGGCGAAGUGACGACACCGGGUUUAAUAGAAUCCCCUGGAUACGGUGGGGAAGGGUUUUCCAGGGGAAACGGUUGCACUUGGUUACUGAAGGCACCUGAAGGGAAAGUUGUGAAACUUAGAUUUGAAGGUUCCUUUGGUUUAGGAUGCCUAAACACAAGCAAAACCUGCUACGAAUGGGUUGAAGUUCGCCAUUCAGAAAAUCUCCAAAACACUGGACCUAGACUUUGCUGCUAUAAAACCCCAGAAGUUGUCCUGACAUCAGACACGAACGAAAUGCUGGUGUUGUUGAAUAGAGACCCUCUGGUGCCCGAAGACAGUGUAGGACUCCCUUCGGGAAGAACCGGAUUUAGAGCAGUGUUCGAAUUCGUAGAUAAAGAAGCCGUUGGUUACAGCGACUGGGGAGAGUGGAGCGACUGUGGCGCCCCUUGCGGCUCUUGUGGCACGCGCUCGCGCACUAGGACGUGUACAAGUGGAAUUUGUCCCGGACCGAUUAGUGAGACACAGACUUGUAAUACAUUUAUAUGUUCAGACCAGGACGCAGACUUUCGCUGCGGGUGUGACGCCCUUCCGCUUUUCACCCAGCGGCUGGCCUGCAAGAGCCGCUGCCGAGACCGCUCCCCCGACGACAUGUGCUGCCAGGGCUACACGAGCCAGGGACUCCGCUGUGUGAGUGUGGAGGAAAUGACGGGCUACACCCCCAGCCCACCGAAUACCCCCAGGCCCACGCAGCAACCAGUCGUGUUGCCGCGCCUGACCCAGCCUCCACACGCUUACCGCCCCCCGGCACCGGGAUCCCCGGGGGUGUAUUACCCUGGGAGACAACAGAACCCGUGGGGUGGUACAUUUGGGUGAAUAACGCUGCGCGGUACAGUGUCACUGACUUAGAAGGGGAUGCUGCUAUUGAAUUGCCUGCUGAUUUUUCUGGAAAUAUAUUUUAAAGUGCAGGUCCCUGAUGUUGAUUGUUCUUGGUUCUUAGAGUUACUAUUGGCCGUAAAGGUUAAGAAAAGUGGUAUCAUUAUGAGAAAUGAAAUGUUCAUACUGAUUGACUCUGAAAAUAGUUCGGUAUCUACAAUACCUGAUACGAAUAUAUCUACAAUACAUGGUACGCAUCCUUUGGACCACUCGAAAAAUGAUGAAAUUUUUUUCUUUAAUCAGGUGAAGGCUACUAAUCUUAAGUAUUUAUUUUUUUAGUUACCCAACAGUAAUCGUUUGUACGGUACGCGUGAAUGUGGAACUUAAUAGAGAUUACAAAUAUCUGUAUUGUCAUUAGUUAUCAAAAAGUUUGUAAGGAAAAACAGCAUGUGUUAUAUUCAAUUUGUUUGGCAUUGCAGUAGAAUUAUAAUAAGAAGGCUUAACAUGUGUGAAGAAAGUUAUAUGAUUUCUGGUAUUACAGUUCUACAUGUAUGCUCUAAUAUCCAAAAUGAAUAAAGAAACAGAUUUUUUUAUC